UCCACGAGGGCGUAGUUCGAGACCUGGAGCGUCUGGCGAAGAAGAAGGACAACCUGAGGCUACUGGAGGAGCAGAGGAUCCUGACCAUACAGCUGGAGGAGGAGAGACGGCGGAGGGAGACACAGCUCCGCCCGCAGGACACCUGAGACAGGUCCGGUGAUGGACAGCAGCAGUGAACCGCUGGCGGGGGGUGAGGACGAGGCGGCCUGUACGUCGGCGUGCACGUCGGCCUCUGAGGGUCUGGAGGAGGGGGAGGUGGAGGGCGAGACUCUGCUGAUCGUGGAGUCGGAGGACCAGGGCUCGGUGGACCUGUCACAUGACCAGAGCGGGGACUCUCUGACCAGUGACGUGGGCGAGGAGGGGGACGGAGGCUGGACCUGCGAGGACAUGUCCUUCUACUGUGACCGCUGCCACAAGUGGAUCCCUGCAGCUCAGCUCCGCGGCGAACAGCCCAGCUACCUGAAAGGAGACAACUUCUUCAAAUUCAUCUGCUGCGAAUGCUCUGAGGACGGGAAGGAGAGUUUUGAGAGGAUGAGGCUCACCUGGCAGCAGGUGGUGAUGCUGGCCAUGUACAACCUGUCUCUGGAGGGGACGGGCCGCCAGGGCUACUUCAGGUGGAAAGAGGACAUCUGUGCUUUCAUUGGCCGACACUGGAACUUCCUCCUGGGAACCAGGAAGAAGACGUCAACGUGGUGGAGCACGGUGGCCGGCUGCCUCUCCGUCGGUAGUCCCACCUUCUUCCGCUCUGGGGCACAGGAGUUUGGAGAACCAGGCUGGUGGAAGCUGGUCCAGAACAGACCCCCCACCCUGAGACCAGAGGCGGACAAGUCCACCACCAGAACCAAAGCCUUCAAACCGACCGUGGACCCGAUCAUCACUGUGGAGGGUCUGAGGAAACGAGGAGCCAGGAACCCGGUGGAGAACGCCAUGCAGUUGAAGGAGAACCGCUCCCGCACCCAGGAAGCCAAAGACAUCCGGCGGGCUCAGAAGGAGGCGGCGGGGGGCUACACCGACCGCAGCACCUCCUCCACGCCCGUCAAACUGGGCGGAGGUCGUGGCGGGAGCAUCGGGCGCCGCCCUGAUCUCGUCCUGGAGAAAGGGGAGGUCAUUGACUUCUCCUCCCUCAGCUCCUCGGACCGAACCCCUCUAACCAGCCCGUCUCCGUCUCCGUCACCCGACUUCUCCGCCCCGGGAACUCCUGCUUCUCAUUCUGCCACGCCCAGCUUGCUGUCGGAGGCCGACCUGAUCCCUGACGCCAUGCCGCCACAGGCGCUGUUCCACGAUGACGAGGAGAUGGAGACGGAGGGGAUGAUUGACCCAGGGAUGGAGUACAUCCCUCCUGCCAGCUCCAGCCUCGUCGCCCGCAAGAAGCUCCGCCCACCACCACCUCACAUCAAACGUGAAGCGGAGAGUGAGGACGACGAAGGCCGCGAGGACGACUUCGGAGAGCCUGUUGGACGGAGUGAUGGUCCACCUCUGUCCACCGGGGGGGUUGUUGGCGCCAAUGGACCCGAGCGUAGGAGGAUACCUCACCCUGAGAAAGCAGACGGAGCAGCCGGCGCAUCGCAGAGUCCUCGCUACGCCCUCCUGAGUCUGUACGAGGAGAGGAUGCUGCUGAGACGCCUGGACUCCUGUCCGUUAGCUUUAGCCGUCACGCCUCCGGCUAAACGUCUUCACAGGAAGCUGCUGGUCCGCCAGGCGAAGCGCCAGAGAGGGCUCCCCCUUCUGGAUGUGGACCGGGCGGUCAGCGCCACCCUCAGUCUGGUGGGAGGGAUUUAUGGAGCCCAGGAGGCGGGGAGGCUGAUGGUGGGCGGAGUCCAACGGAAGUACUGCACCAACAGUCAGGAGCUUCGCAUCCUCGAUCGCUUCCAGACCAACAUUUCCACUAGAAGAGGCGUCCAGCACCACUCCGUCUCCUUCUGGCAUCGCUUGAUGGGAGCUGAAGGAAGUUUGGAUCAGAGCAUCAAGAGCCCCUACACCGCCCGCAUCCUCAAGCCCUACAUCAGGAGGGACUAUGAGAGUCGUCCGGUGAAGCUGCGGUUGUUGGCUGAGAUCAGAGCGUACCCUCACAGGAAGGAUCCCAACUGGGUCCCCGAACCCGACGCCUCCAUCGACUACUGCUACGUUCGCCCAAACCACAUCCCCUCCGUCAACGCCAUGUGUCACGACAGCUUCUGGCCAGGCGUGGACUUGUCCGAGUGCCUCCAGUACCCAGACUUCAGCGUGGUGGUCCUCUACAAGAAGGUGGUGGUCGGCUUCGGUUUCAUGGUUCCGGACGUGAAGUACAACGAGGCCUACAUCUCCUUCCUGUUGGUUCAUCCCGAGUGGAGGAGGGCCGGCAUCGGCACCUUCAUGAUCUACCACCUGAUCCAGACGUGUAUGGGGAAGGACGUGACGCUGCAUGUGUCGGCCAGCAACGCCGCCAUGCUGCUGUACCAGAAGUUUGGCUUCAAGGCCGAGGAGUACAUCCUGGACUUCUACGAUAAAUAUUACCCUGUGGACAGCGCCGAGUGUCGCCACGCCUUCUUCCUGCGCCUGAGACGCUGAGCCGGGGCCGGUCCAGAUGUUGGAGCACAAACCCUGCAGAUGUGUUUUGGGCAUCAGUCUGGAAAUGUCUUGGAGCGUCUUCUUUUUCUUCGUUGUCUGUUUGAAUGUUUCUGUUUUUGUUUGAGAGACAUUAAAAUGAAGCUGAACACUCA